AUUCAAAUUUUGGGUACAUUUGUUGAUGCCAGUGUCCCAUGUGCGUUUAUUUUUAUUUGUUUUAACUCUGAAACUUUGCCAGCUUCCAGCAAAAAACACUUUAGGAUGGCUCAAGGCAAACUGAAGCUGAAGAAGAAGGAUCCGGUUAACAACAAGAAGGGAGCGAAUAAAAAGGGAGAAGCUUUCAGCAGACGGAAAAGAGCACCAAUCCAAUCGAAGAAGCACAAAUUCCAGGAGUCACUCAAACUGCAGCAAGCAGUCAGCCGAACACUGAAUCAGAAGAACGAGGACGAUAUCCGCAAACUUGUCUACGAAGGGCAAAAGAACCUGAGUCAAGCGCAACAAGCAGUGUCGGAGCACCACAAGAAGAAGACAAACGAGACCCAACAGGCAGGGUCGUCGGCGUCGUCGAAAUGAUCGGCCGAUGAUAGACUUGUACAUUUAUUGUUUCUGUAGUUUGCUGUUAUAUUGCUUUAUAAUAUAAAUGUUCUUUUUGAAUAAUUUA